UCAAUCCGUAUUCUCUUAUGUUCGUGUACUCCAUUUCUUACAACUGUCUUUUGUAAAAUUUUACACGAACAUCGUUGCCGCGAAAACAGCCUGCAUCUACAACCGAUGACAGAUGAUUAUAUUUUAGGUCUAGGUUCACGUACCUUAAACCCAUAAAUCCUACAAAGUUCUUUUUUUUAUUACAGCUUUCAAUGAUGAUGAAUAUUGACACAUGGUAUAUAGUUACAAUGCUAACUAUAUCAUUGUUCCAUAGUGUCACGGCAAACUGGAACAGAGUAUGCACGCCCUUCACCAAAAGCUUCGGGCCCCACCCACAUGGGCUCUGUGGUAGUAGGAUUGAUGAGACCCUAGACCUGCUUUGUGUUGGUGGUUAUAACGAGUAUCCAUCCUACGGCGGAUUUAGAAGAAAGCGAGAAAUCUCUGAAAGACACUUAGAAGACCUCAGUGGAAUUUUGAUACGAAGACAAGAGGCAAAUUCAUAUCUAGUCAAAAGAUCCAGUUUUUAUGAACGUGGAAUAGUGUGCGAAUGUUGUUACCAUCGUUGCUCUGUGUUUGAACUAUUUUCUUACUGCAGAGGGGAACCAGGUCUUCUUGGUCUGUUUAAAAGAAGUGUUGGCGAGCAGAAACAAUCCUUUCGGCAUGACCACUCCAACGAUUAAAUGUUAACAAUUUUUUUUAUAAAUUUUAUGUUGGAAGGGCUUAAAUAUCAGUCAAACAAGGCACUGGCUAAGACAGUUCAAAAAUUGAAGUUUGUGAAUAAUUUCGAUAUUAAUCAUGUAUGCAGUUUUACAUCGUCAGACGCCAAAAACAGUCAUUUGGAAUUUACAUAAAUUAGUUUAUUAUAGUAUGGUAUUGUUUUGAAACUGCAAUUAUAUCGAAAAGGAUAAAUUGUAUUUCUGAGGUUUUAAAAUCUAAUCAAACAUACACCUAAUAUAAACACGGUUAUGUGCAGGAUAUACUCAUAUGAUAAUAAGCACUGGCAUCAGACCAGAAAGAAAAUGCCUCUGUACAUGUUAUAGCCUACCCCUAGGUAUACUAUAAGAACAUAGUCAUGAACGGGAA